AUGGCAGGACCUCACAGAGCCGUGGACAUGGGCGCGACAGUGGAGUGCCAGACCGUGCUGGAGGUAGAGGGAGAGCAGGGGACGGGGGCCCCCGGCAGGACCAGCCGACCGUGGAGGCUGCUUGCCGGCGUGAUGGCCGUCGCUCUGGUUGCUGCUGCCGUCGUCCUCUUUACCUGGCACAUGCAGAAACAAGAUCAGGAUCACCAAAUGGGGGGAAAUGAUCUGAAACUGACACUCAGACAGCUCUCCCGGAAUGUAAAAGCUGCCAUUCACUUACAAGGUGAAUACAACCCCGAGUUCUCUGACAGCGCAGUGGAGUGGCGGGCCGAGGACGGCCAGGCUUUCUACCAGGGGGGUCUGAAGCUGGAGAACAACGAGGUGGUGAUCCCUCGCUCCGGCCUGUACUUCGUCUACAGCCAGGCGUCCUUCCGGGUCAACUGCCGGGCGAGCGCGGGCGAGGCGUCGGGUGACCAGUUCGUGCACGUCAGCCACGCGGUGGAGCGUCACUCCGACAUGUACGGCGACUGGAAGCCGCUGCUGAGCGCCGUGCGCUCGGCCUGCCGGCGCGUGGUGGGCGGGGCCGACAGCGGCGAGCGCUUCUACAGUGCCGUCUACCUGGGUGCCGUCUUCCACCUGGAGGAGGGGGACCGGCUGCGCACCGACACCCAGCGGAAGCUGCUGCCCAGCGUGGAGGGAGAGGACGGCAAGACCUUCUUCGGCGCGUUCGCGUUGUGA